AUGGUGGCGGAGGCGGCGCCGCUGGAGUUCAGCGUGCUGUUCCUCUACCUGGGCGGGCUGCUGGCGCUACUGGGCUUCGGCACGUUCCUCGUCGUGCGGCAGGUGCUCGUCAAGCGCGAACUCGAAAACGCCGCCAAGGAACUCCAGGAUCGCGUGCGGUCGGGCGAGGCGACGAGCGAGGAGUAUUUCGAGCUGGGCGCCAUCAUGCUGCGCAAGAAGUUCUUCGCCGUCGCCAACAAGUACCUCGAACUCGCCAUCGCCAAGUGGGAGGGCGACGAACAGGAACUCGCUCAGGUGUACAACGCGCUGGGGUUCAGCUACUUCAGCGAGGAGAAGAUGAAGGAGGCGGUGAAGGCGUAUGAGAAGGCCGUCAGCCUGCAGCCCGCGUACGUGACGGCGUGGAACAACCUGGGAGACGCACUGGAGAGGCAGAAGGAGUGGGCGCGUGCUCUCAAGGCGUACGACACAGCGCUGGUCAUUCUAUCCCAUAGUUGCUACGGGAUUCGGCAAGGAACAAUCAUGGCCGACCCGCCCAGUAGUUCCGAAGGCGAUACGGUAGUUACUGUAGAAGAUGCGUCCCUCCGCAGUACCGCUGCCCCUCCCCCCGACGCAGCGGCGUCGCCCGACGCCGAAUUCCCCGCGAUGGCGGAGUCGCCGCAAGCCGCGCACAACGAAUCCCGCCCGCGGUGCGGGUGCACGCCGCCAUGCGGAUCCGCGGACUGCGACCGCGUGCUGUGUCUGCCGGGCGACCCGAAGCAGCAGCACCGGUGGCGGUGGGCGCUGGCGGGCAUUCUGCUGCUCUUCGUCGUCGGCGUCGCCACGCUCGUCACGCUGCUCUUCACCCUCAAGCCCUCCUCCUCCUCGCCCUCGCCCUCCUCCACCUCAACGUCCGGCGCUGCCUCCGAACUGAACGCGUCCGCCAUUCCCAAGGAUCCCAUCAUCUCUCUCAACCAAUCCGCUGCCCCGCCGGACAAUUCUUCUUCGCCCGCCCCAGCCGCCCCACCGCCUCCCGCGGACGAUCCCAUCCCCAUGCCCGACCUGUCGACGCUCACGCGCCCGUCGCAGGCGCGAUUCGAGGGGAGGGAGGGGGAGUGGAGUCAGUUCAACUGGACGGAGCUGUACGUGCAGAAGCAGACGGAUCGAUACCACACGUGCGACAACGAAGACAUGGCGUUGCAUGGUGAGACAUGGAAAGUUAUUAACAUGUCUUCCAAUAAACUUCCUUGCAUCCUCUCCAACCCUCACUCCCACCUCUUGCAUCCUCCUCGCCCAUCCCUUUUCACUCCCCCUCACCCACCCAUCCAAACCCCACCCUCCCUCUCCCCCGCGCCCUCCCCCUCCCGCGCGCGCAGGUGGGCGGACCAGGCGGGGGAGCUGUCGGAGUGGUGCAUGGGGCGGCUGGUGGAGCUGGUGUUCCACGCGGACCGGGGCCUGGGGCUGUCCAUGGCGCGCUACGCCAUCCCGGGCGGCUUCAACGCCAUGUUCUCGCCGGGCAUCGCGCGCACCAAGCACCCCCUGCACGGCUUCAAGGACGGCCCCCUCGCGCCCUACAACUGGUCGGCGGACGCGGGGCAGCGGCGCGUGAUGCUGGCGGCGAAGCAGCUGGGCGUGCAGCACUUCGAGGCGAUUGCCUACUCGCCGCCGUGGUGGAUGACCAUCAGUGGGGACACCGCAGGCAACGAGGACGGGAAGCCCAACAUGCGGCCGGAGCAGCGCGGGGCGUUCGUGCAAUACGUGGUGGACGUGAUGCAGCAGUACCGUACCAACCCCGCGUGGAACAUCACCUUCGAGCACAUCAACCCCUUCAACGAGGCGCUGGAGGGGUGGUGGCGCGCGGGCCGGCUGCGGGAGGGGUGCUCGGUGAGCGUGAACGACGUGGACGUGGUGGUGGCGCUGCUGGCGGACGCUCUGCAGGCCAGCGGGCUGCCGACGCGCAUCUCAGUGGCGGACUCGUGGGUGGCGUACACACUGCGCAGCAUCAAGUCGGAGACGGAGGCGCUGCGGCCGGAGACGUGGGAGAAGGUGGACCACAUCUGCGUGCACGGGUACCAGUCGAAGCACUUCCCUGAGUCGUGGCAGAUCGGCGUGCAGUACAAGGACAUGCGUGACUCAGCUGCACGCAUUGGCAAGGAGGUGUGGCAGUCGGAGUGGGGUCCCAUUGACAUCUAUGGCACGGACCUGCAGCUCGCCAUGUACAUGGCACGCACGGCCACAGAGCACAUCAACAUCAUGGGGGUUGCUGCCUGGUACUACUGGAUGGCUGUGGAGCCAAACACCCACGGGUGGGGUCUCAUUCGGUUUCUGGGGGAUUGCGGAGAGAAUGUGGAGAGCAUGAAGCUGACGUUCAGCAAGCAGUACUAUGUGAUGAAGCACUUCACUCGUGCUGUGCCCGUGGGGGCACGCAUUGUGGUCAUGGAGCAGAAGUGCGAGCACGGAGUGGUGGUGGCGUACAGCCCGCAGCACAGGCGUCUGGCGAUCCUGGUGACCAACCAGUCGUUCAAGGACUUCCUGCUCACCCUCAGACUGCUCGACUUCCUCCCUGCUGACCCGUCUGUGCCCGUGCUGAUGCACGUGCACCGCACGUCAGUGAAGGAGGACUACGAGAUGGUUGACCAGAUGAACGUUAAGGUGCCGGGUAACGCUACCGCCUUAUCGACUGACAUCACCAUCAAUGCCGUCCCCAUCUCCCUCACCAGCAUCACGCUCUAUGAAGUUCUGGCAACAAGAAGCACGAUGAGCGCAAUUUGCUCGCCAUGUCAUGGAGCCUCCUCUCCCCGCCCGCCAACACUCGCGGCUGCAACAUUCUCCGCCGCACCACACUGCGCGCUUCCCGUAGGCCGCCCUUCGCUCCCGCGCUCUCUCUUCCUCCACCCCCGACUCUCUGCGCCUCGCCAACCUUGCCUCCGCCCAUCCCGCCCCAUCCGCGCACCUCCUCCCGCGGCUGCGCUCGGCGGGCUGGGCGCGGUGUACGGGCUGGGCGCGGUGGACGGGCAACUCGCGGACGCGCUGCUGCACGGGGUGCCGCUGGGCAUGGACGUGACUAUAGCGAGCGUGCAUCACGAGGUGGCGCAGCUCGCGGCGUCCGCCGGCAUUCCGCUGGACGACCCCGUGGCGCUGCGCGAGUGGAUCGCGUCCGUCGCGCUGCUGCUGGCGUAUGCCUCCGCGCCGCCCUCCGGCCCCAUGGGCCUCCUCGACUUCCUCGUCGCGCCGCUCCAUACUGUCACCUUCAGGCGGUUCUCACCUUCGGAGGUGAAGGUGGGGCGGCAGCUGGGCCACGGCAACUUCGGCGUGGUCUACGAGGCCACCGUCACCGGCCCGCGCGGGCAGGCGCAGCGCGUGGUGGUGAAGCGCAAGGCGGCGGGCGCGGGCGCGGACGAGAUGCAAGACGUGGAGCUGUUCAUGAACCACCGGCUGCAGCGCACGGUGCCAGGAGUGGCGGCCAAGUUCCUGGGGACGAUGGAGGUGCAGCCAGGGAACAAGCUGCAGGAGGGCGUGUGGUUGGUGUGGCAGCACCAGGGCGACAGCACGUUGGACCGGCACCUCAAGGACCGCCAGUACCCCGCACCGCUGGCCGCCAUGCUGCUGGGCGUGCAGGGGGACGCGGGGGGGUGGUCGGAGGAGCAGCGCAUGUGGGCGGAGUGGCAGGUGGCGCAGACCGUCAUGCGCCAGAUCCUCUCCAACCUCCAAGCCCUGCACCACGCAGGCGUGGUGCACAGGGACGUGAAGCCGGCCAAUCUGGUGGUGGACGAGGCGGAGCGCCACCUCUGCCUCAUCGACCUCGGCGCCUGUGUUGACCUGCGCUCCGGCCGCAACUAUGUGCCCAGCGAGACGGUGAUGGAUCCCAAGUACGCGGCCCCUGAGCGCUUCGUCAUGCCGCCCGCCACGACGCCGCACCUGCCGCCUGACCCGCUGGCGAGCCUGCUGUCACCCUUCCUCUGGGUGGCCAACUCGCCCGACCGCUUUGACGUCUUCUCCGCUGGCGUGGUGCUGAUGCAGCUGUCCCUCAAGUCGCUGCGCCAUGAAGCCAACCUGGAGGGGUUCAACAACGAGUUGAAGCGGUGCGACUACGACCUGAGCAGGUGGCGGAAGAAGUUCCGCCCCUCCAACGCUGACAUGGCGCUGCUCGACGCGCACGGCGGAGCGGCGUUUGACUUGGCAAAGCAGCUGCUGCAGAAGCGACCCAACCACGACCAUGCCGUUGGGGAGGAUGCGCGGGGGAGACACAAGGACGUGGGGCGGAAGAAAGGCCUGGGUGCUGUGGAGGUGGCGGGGGGAGGUGCCAAAGCAGGCGAGAGGAGUGAUGGCGUGAGAGGGCGAGGGGAGGCAGGCCGGGCACGAGGGGAUGUGCGAGGAGGGAAGGAGGCAGCGGCACAGGGAGGGGGUGCGAAGGAGGGCAGUGAGGUGGGGAAGGGGUUGCUGGUGCAUGCUCUCAAGGCCGUGGUGCCGCCUCCCAUCGCCCUGCACCCCCAGCCCCCCCUGCACGCCCCCACUGGUGGCGGGGCCAAGGCAAGGCGGGCAGCACCGGGUGACAAGGCGGGGCAGGUGGCAGGCAGGGGGGACGCGGAGGGCGCAGAGGGGGAGAGCAGCAGGGGCAGGGUGGCAGGCGUGAGGGCGAGGGGGGAACGCGGGAGGGCGGGGAGCAGGCCAGUGGAUGUGGCGGGGGCGGUGAAGCGCGGGCACGUGGCGACGGCGUACGUGCUGGGGUCGCUCGUGGCGGGGCUGGCCCGCUCGCUGGAUGAUGACAAGAGCCGCGGCGGCGGUGAGGGGGAUGCAGGCGUGAGGCAUGGUGUGGCGGGCAGCGAGGCAGAGGUGGAUGAGGGUAAGGAGGCCACGGGAGGAGGUGGGAAGGAGGAGAGAGAUGGGGGCAAAGGGGAGGUAGAGGGCAGGAAGGACGGGAUGGAGAGGGAAGCUGGGCGUGUGGUGCGCGGUGGUGCAGAGAGUGGUGGGAGGUGGCGAGGGAGGGGAGUAUGUGGGGGGGUUGGGAGUGGUGGCUCGCGAGGGGCGUAUGAGGCGGCAGGUGGAGCGGCAGGUGAUAGCAGAGGAGCUGCUGACGUCAGUGGGCGAGCUGGGGGUGCAGCUGGGGUCGCUGGAGGAGUCGCUGCAGGCGGGCUGGCACGUGGCGGCAGAGCAGCAGCACCUGCUCACCCGGGUCAGUGCUGUGAGAGCCACACUUGCCAAGCCCAGAAAGUGGUUACCAACCUGUCAGGGAUGCUCUACAACUUGUGGCUUAUCACUGCUUCACUCGCCCUGUUUGUCUUCUCCCCUUUUGAUCUUUCAAGUGCAGAUGGAAAAGCUUCUUGUGACUCCAUCAACCCAUAA